AGGGGCGGGAGGAACACCGUCGUCCUCCGCGCGCUCCUGCCCGCGGCUGGGGAACCGAGGGCCUGGAAGGGAAGCGGCUUCCCGCUGCGUUGUUUUGGGCUACGUGAGCCGAAAGGGGGAGGGGAGAGGAAGGAGAACCAAACACUGCGCAGCGAGACCGUGCACGGCCUCCGCUUCUGCGUGCGUGCGCUCGCUUGCGCGGGCUCAGUGCUGGCGCGUGAGGCGGAGGCGGGCGGCGGCGGCGGCGGCGCCUGCGCGGUCGGGCUUGGUCGACGGUUCGCAGGGGAGGAGGCGGCGGGAGGCGGAGGAGGCGGCGGCGGCGAUGGAGGUGAAGCGGCUGAAAGUGACCGAGCUGCGGUCGGAGCUGCAGCGGCGGGGCCUGGACUCGCGCGGCCUCAAGGUGGAUUUGGCGCAGCGGCUGCAAGAGGCGCUGGACGCCGAGAUGCUCGAGGACGAGGCCGGCGGCGGCGGGGCCGGGCCCGGCGGGGCCUGCAAGGCGGAGCCUCGGCCUGUGGCCGUGUCGGGCGGCGGCCCGGGCGGGGACGAGGAGGACGACGAAGAGGAGGAGGAGGAGGACGAGGAGGCGCUGCUUGAGGACGAGGACGAGGAGCCACCCCCUGCUCAGGUCUCGGGUCAGGCCGCGCAGCCGCCACCGGAGCCCCCGGAGGCGGCAGCCAUGGAGGCCGCGGCGGAGCCCGAUGCUUCCGAGAAGCCGGCGGAGGCUACGGUCGGGUCAGGUGGGGUAAAUGGUGGUGAAGAGCAGGACCCCGGCAAGGGGGAGGAAGACGAACCCGAGGAGCGGAGCGGGGACGAGACGCCGGGAUCCGAGGUGCCGGGUGACAAGGCCGCCGAGGAACAGGGAGAUGACCAAGAUAGUGAAAAGUCAAAACCAGCAGGCUCAGAUGGUGAGCGGCGGGGGGUAAAGAGACAGCGGGAUGAGAAGGAUGAACAUGGCCGAGCUUACUAUGAAUUCCGAGAGGAGGCUUACCACAGCCGCUCAAAGUCUCCACCGCCUCCUGAAGAAGAGGCAAAAGAUGAGGAGGAGGAUCAAACUCUUGUGAACCUGGACACGUAUACCUCCGAUCUGCAUUUUCAAGUAAGCAAAGACCGCUAUGGAGGGCAGCCACUUUUCUCAGAGAAGUUUCCCACCCUUUGGUCUGGGGCAAGGAGUACUUAUGGAGUGACAAAGGGAAAAGUCUGCUUUGAGGCAAAGGUAACCCAGAAUCUCCCAAUGAAAGAAGGCUGCACAGAGGUGUCUCUCCUUCGAGUUGGGUGGUCUGUUGAUUUUUCUCGUCCACAGCUUGGUGAAGAUGAAUUCUCUUACGGUUUUGAUGGACGAGGACUCAAGGCAGAAAAUGGACAGUUUGAGGAAUUUGGCCAGACUUUUGGGGAGAAUGAUGUUAUUGGCUGCUUUGCUAAUUUUGAGACUGAAGAAGUAGAACUUUCCUUCUCCAAGAAUGGAGAAGAUCUAGGUGUGGCAUUCCAGAUCAACAAGGAAUCCCUGGGAGACCGGGCCCUUCUACCCCAUGUCCUCUGCAAAAAUUGUGUUGUAGAAUUAAACUUUGGUCAGAAGGAGGAGCCCUUCUUCCCACCACCAGAAGAGUUUGUGUUCAUUCAUGCUGUGCCUGUUGAGGAGCGUGUGCGUACUGCAGUUCCUCCCAAGACCAUAGAGGAAUGUGAGGUGAUUCUGAUGGUGGGACUACCUGGAUCCGGAAAGACCCAGUGGGCACUGAAAUAUGCAAAAGAAAACCCUGAGAAAAGAUACAAUGUCCUGGGAGCUGAGACUGUGCUCAAUCAAAUGAGGUGUAAUGUGUACAAUUCUGGCCAACGGCGGAAGCUAUUGCUGUUCAAGACCUUCUCUCGGAAAGUGGUGGUGGUUGUUCCUAAUGAGGAAGAUUGGAAGAAGAGGCUGGAGUUGAGAAAGGAAGUAGAGGGAGAUGAUGUGCCUGAAUCUAUAAUGCUGGAGAUGAAAGCCAACUUCUCUCUGCCUGAAAAAUGCGACUAUAUGGAUGAAGUGACAUAUGGGGAGCUGGAGAAGGAGGAAGCUCAGCCCAUUGUCACUAAGUACAAGGAGGAGGCAAGGAAGCUACUGCCCCCCUCCGAGAAGCGGACAAACCGCCGGAACAACCGAAACAAGCGUAACCGGCAGAACCGAAGUCGAGGCCAAGGCUAUGUGGGCGGGCAGCGCCGAGGCUACGACAACCGGGCCUACGGGCAGCAGUACUGGGGGCAGCCUGGAAACAGAGGGGGUUACCGUAAUUUCUAUGAUCGAUACAGGGGAGACUAUGAUCGAUUUUAUGGGCGAGAUUAUGAGUACAACAGAUACAGAGACUAUUACAGACAAUACAAUCGGGAUUGGCAGAGUUACUACUACCACCACCCCCAGGACAGAGACCGAUACUACAGGAACUACUACGGUUACCAAGGGUAUCGGUGAAGCCCCUGCCAUGGUCACCUGUCAGCCAUGAAGCUGAAUCUCUGGGGGUGCCAGGCACCCCCCCCAAAACACAACCAAGGAAAACAGGGGCUGUCGGGGUGGGGCUGAGCUGCCGGGGAGGGGUGGUGGGGGGGGAGGGUGCUCAAGCAGGGGUGGGGGAGGGGGGAGGUGGAAACAAACAACAAAACUGUACAUUUUUUUUAAAGUUUGUUGAAAAGAAUAUUGUCUUAUUCUAUAAAACAUUUCAAACCUAGUUAGAGAUUUGUAAUCAAAAAACAUUUGCGCAGAAAGCAACACUUAGGGCUGCCUGUUCUAUACCCUGCAGUCAGACAGGAAGAGAACUGAAAAUGGCGCCCUUCUGACACUCUGAGGCAGCUGGACUGGCAGCCAAGUAAAGGAGAGCGAUGAGAUGGUAUGGGGAGGGUGGGGAGUCAGCACGAGAGUGCUCUCCACAGCAGGUCGGAGUAGGCAGGAGUGGGGACAGAGGGAGAGCUUGUGACGGGGGCAGUGAAAAUAAACGAUUGGCUCUUAUCAAUCACUUGCACCAACUAACCGUUUGUAUUUUCUUUACCGACCUUUCCCUUUUGGGAUAUCUGGUCUGGUGGGCUGGGAGGCUUACAGUGUCCCAACUCUCCAUUUUCCUGUGCCUUUGUUCUGUUUGGCUGAGGCAUGGAGACUGCCAGUGGGUGGUUCUGUUAUACAGGAUUCCCAGGCCGAGAAAGCCUGAGGACUGUCCUUGAUUGCAGAGCAGAAUAGCCUGCCGCUCUACAGACCCAUAGAUUAAUUCCCAUAAAAGCUUGGGGAGAAUGGGAUUACAGCCCUCAGCCUGAAGAUUGUGAUUUGCCAGUCUCUAGUCUCUGUCUUCCAAAGUUGAGAGAGGGAGGAGGUUUCUGAAAUCAUCCCUGUUAGAGUGUCUGUCCUCUUACAGUGUGAGAGAAGUUCGUUUCUCAGGGUUUCAGCUCACACGGAAACACAGCAGGAUUCUUUUCACUGCAACGGGAUAUGUAUAUAGGUGAAUCCUGUGGUGUGGGCUCCCAGGCCCAGGUGCUGAGAAUAGUAACUAGCAACUAUUUUCUACAGUGUGGAGGGCUCCUGCCCUGCUGUUUUUUUUGAUACACAGGUUGAGGGUGAAUAGAAGAGGGGAGGGUGGGGGGUGGGUGGCGGCUCAGUGGGGCUGCUGAACCUUGGGAAGAGUGAGUGUGAAGGUGUGUAAAUGUGCGUAUGAAAGGGAACACCCCUUCCUGACUUCUAGAAACAAGAUUCCUUUUGGGGUGCUUUCCCUGUAUGUCCCCAGAGAGGCCUCUAGCCAAGAGACUUCAGUUGGUAUAGUUUUGUUUGUGACUUUACCAAUACCCUCCCAGUUCUUGAUAGACAGCUGUAGGUUGCUGGGUUCAAGAAUAUGGGUGGGAUAUGGAAUGCUCUUUCAAUGUGUAGCCUCAGUUUUCAUUCAUCCUCCUGUUCAGCACUGUGUCAGCCAAGAGCUUACUCAGCAGACACCACAUAUAGCAGUACUUUCUAGUGAGAGAAAAUCUGGGUUGUGCUACUAGAAAACGCUUCACUUCCAUUUCCUCACCUGGGCAGUUCUCUUUAAAAUUUUGUGCUGAUUUGGUCUUCCUCUCCUUCUCUCACUGUUACUGCCAUACAGCCCUUGUUCAGGUGUGCAAACCCUUAUUCUGGCCAUCUAGUGUCCCUGUCUGUCAUGACACACCCUUCUGCCCAAUUACCUCUGACCCCAAGGCAGGAACAGGGGGCUGGUAGGAGAUAAGUUUGCUUACUCAUAAUCAUGUCCUUUCUCUUGGCAUCUGCUUCCCUGAGGUGCCCUCAAAUGAGUUUGUGUGUGGCAGUGGGUGGAAUGAUUGCAUGAAAUUUUCUGUAACACAUUAACUUUGUACUAUUAUUAUUAUUAUUAUUAAGGGAGUUUGAGAAAGCUUUGCUUAUAAUGUCAAGGCUGGAGGUAAAAACUGGAGCCCAAAGUAGUUCCCUUAGGGCAAGAUUAUGUUAUAUUAGAAAUCAGAAUUUCCUGAGGCAGUGGCUGCCACCCCUUUUCAAAUGUUUAGUCCUGCAAACAGCAUCUUUCUUGUAGUGACAUGAACAGGGAUGCUAGGGCCCUCAGGGGCAAGGGGACUAAAUUGAAUCAGGUUGGGUUUAUUUUCCAACAGGGGUUCAGGGAGAUAACUCGCUAUUGAUAUCUGACACUAGAAAGUCAUCUUUUUUACAAAGCUGUUUUUCUAGGUGGGUGAAAAGUGAAACUGCCACAUCCUUGUUGGUUUAGUCCAAGAGAUCACUUGCAACAACAGUAGAUGUCUGGAUUUUGUUUCUGUCUUUUUAUUAUGAAAAAAACUAUGUUAAGGGGGGAAAUGUGGAUUAUGGCAACCAGAGGAAUCCCUAAUCUUGUUUUCCUUAGAAGACUUGUUUAGUGUUUUAUCAGACGUCUGUUGUAGCUGUAGAUGGAAAAGCUUGUGAGAAAAACAAACACCACAUGGAGCCUGUAAAUGUUUUUGCACAACCUGUAAAGCAUUCUUGGAAGUGGCCAGUAAAAAAGGGUUUUACCAUUUAAAAAAAAUGUAACUGUGUCAUUGUUUACAUCUGUAACUUUUUCCUCCCCUGUUCUCAUUACACCGUUCUGGUGAAAAUGUAGGCAAAGCAGCUUCCAGUUUUAGAAUAAAUAACCAUUUGGAUUGAAUUCA